GCACAUCCGGGGUAAGGAAUGGAGCUGUUCGGUUAGCACCGGAGAGCGCGCGCCCGGGCAAAGAGUGAAGGGAGAGAGCUGCGCACACGUGAGGACAAAAGUAGAAACCUGGCAGGCCUGGAGACUUGGGCCUGGCUGAGGAAGGGAAGGCCGGGACAAGAAGGGGUUAAACAUCUAGGGGAAGAGAGCAGUCGGGUCCCCAGCCUGCCUUUCCGCCUCAUUCCGGGCCGUCCCGCCGCCGGCGCCGCAGCCUCGAGCCUCGGGCCAGGAGUUGGGGGAACGCGGGGGAUGCCAUCCCUCUGCUUGCCGCUAGAGGGAGCGCCCAAGCUCGGCCGGGAGGAGGCGGCGAGCGGGCGGAGACGGCAGCCCUAGCAGCAGCAACGGCCGCCUCAGCAGCCUCAGCAGCAGCAGCAGCAGCAGCAGUAACAGAGUCCCAGCAGCAAAAACAGCAGCAGUAGCUGGAGGAGCAGCCACGGCCACGGCCACUGCCCCAAAGCUCGGGCUCCGCUCCCAAGUGCCUCUGCCCGCAGAUUCAGACUCCGCGGGCUGGAGGAGAGCACAGCUCCAGGCGCGGGGAUGCGGCCGCUUUCUGGCCGCUGCUUCGGUGUCCCGGCCGUGAUUGCGCUUCUUACCUGCUCCCUGGCUUCUGCCAUAGAUGCUGAAGAUGUAAAGAAAGAUGCCAAGAAUUCACAGAAUUUGGGAAAAAGUGGAACAUCAAAUAAAAAUGAUUUAGACUUAAAAGAAGUUGUAUUUGUCAUCCAGAGUCAAAGUAAUUCUUUUCAUGCAGAGAGAGCAAAGCAAUUAGAGCAAAACAUCUUAAAACAGGCUGCCGAUCUUACCCAGGAGCUCCCCAGAGUUCUUCUUGUUCAUCUGCUGGAUAAGCAUGACGGAGCAUGGACCAUACUUCCAUUAUUACCUCAUUUUUCCACAUCAUUUAGCAGAAACUCAUCAUGGGUUUUCUUCUGUGAAGAAGAAACAAGGAUACACAUUCCAAAGCUCUUAGAAACUCUGCGAAGAUAUGACCCAUCUAAGGAGUGGUUUUUAGGAAAAGCGUUACAUGAUGAACAAUCAACAAUCAUUCAUCAUUAUGCCUUUGCUGAAGAUCCUACAAUUUUCAAAUUUCCUGAUUUUGCUGCUGGCUGGGCCCUUAGUUUUCCACUCAUAAACAAGCUUACCAAGAGAUUGAAAAGUGAGUCCUUGAAGUCUGACUUUACAAUCGAUUUAAAACACGAGAUUGCUCUCUACAUUUGGGACAAAGGCAAUGGACCACAUCUUACCUCAGUGCCUGAAUUUUGCACAGAUGAUAUGAGCUCUCCUAAGACUACCAGUUGUGCUACUAUGUUUCGUACUUUUCUACCGCUUUGUGGAAAUCCAGUGAAGGAGAUGGCUGUUUUUGUUGCUGUAAAAACAUGCAAGAAGUUUCAUGAUGACAGAAUACCUAUUGUAAAGCAGACUUGGGAAAGUCAGGCAAGUCUCAUUGAAUAUUACAGUGAUUAUUCAGAGAGUUCAAUUCCAACUAUUGAUCUGGGAGUGCCUAAUACAGAAAGAGGUCAUUGUGGAAAGACCUUUGCAAUUUUGGAAAGAUUCUUGAAUCACAGCAGUGAUACAACAACUUGGUUAGUGAUUGUGGAUGAUGACACAUUAAUAAGUAUCUCCAGACUCCGGAAUCUCCUUAGCUGUUAUGAUUCAAGUGAACCAGUGUUUCUAGGAGAGCGUUAUGGCUAUGGCCUGGGAACUGGAGGAUACAGCUACAUCACUGGAGGAGGAGGGAGUCAGGAGAAUGGGGACAGUAUCCAGAAAAGCUUCCUGGAAGCAGAAACAUCUGAAUUAAGUCUUGAAGGAAGGAACAGACUUUCCUGAUGGGGAUGCAGGAAUCCCUUCCAGCCGUCAAAUGACUUACCUUACAAGAAGCCUUUCCCAGACUUCCAUGCCUUACUUUUGAGAUGACUCAUUUUAUUAAAUUUAUACAUUUACUUGGACAUGGUUGUUUGAAGGUUAUCUUUCCCAUUCAAUUGUGAAUUCCUUCAGAGCACUGCUUUUUGUGGUUGUUGUUUAUUUGCUUUAUGUCUUUUUUGUAUUCUCAUCUGCUUAGCCUCUAGGAAGCAUUUAAUAUAUACUGCUUGACUAAUUGACUAUGGUAGAUAGUGGAAGCAAAGGCAGUGAUUUAUGAGAGAAAGCAAAGUAACAUCUGAUGAUUGAAAGUAGCGUUCCAGUGUAAAUAUAAGAGGGAUGACAGAAAAUAACUUGGGUUUAUGGAGCAACUUAGCCAGGAUUUCUUGAAUUUUGAAAGUUGCACAAUUGCAUGUUGUUUAGGGCACAAUGUACCAUUACCAUAAUGGAGGAAUGAUUUUUCAAUAGCACUUGAUUUGCUCAAUGCUAUACUUUUCAGUUUGGCAUUCGAGGACCUCUUCAGACAUGGUGAGUUAUAGAACUGUAAGGGACCUUUGCAAAGUAUGUAGUCUAAUCCCUCAUCAGAGAUGAAGAGACCAAAGUCCAGAGAUUAAAAGUGACUAAUGUCCUUACCUAUUUAAAUUAAUCUCCAAAAUAAUCACCAAUAGCAACUCUCAUUUCCCAUUAAAAACAUUUAAAAUGAUUUAUUGAUGCUUUUGUUUUUAUAUUAUAGUCAUUUAUUAAUACACAUGCACAUGUAAAAUAUGUGUACAUGGACAUACAUAUAUUUGUUAAAUGGUGGAAACCUCUAUUGUAACAAAUUAAAACAGCAAAUAAAAAUAUCCAAUUCAGGGAACUGGUCCUAUGUUCUACACACUGUCUCUGCUGACUCCCAUACUGCCUCCAUAUGAGCUUUUCCAUCCCUGCUUCUUAGAGAUGAAAGAUAUGUUUUAUUAUCUGUUAUCUGAGAUCAGGAUUGAUUCCUGCAUCUCAGUCCAAAUUAAAUGAGUCUUCGUACUGACCCUAUUGUUCAUUUUUACCUCCAGACCUGCUGUUGCUAUCCGGUUUUGUCCUUACUUUUCCCUACUAUAUUUAUAGACACUUUUAAGGGUCUUUAGAUUCUCAGCUCUAACAGCUUGUGAUUUUAUCCCUUUCCAGUGCUCCUGUCUUUGGGAAGCCUUCCCUAUUUCUCUCUAAUGCAAUGGGGUGUUUCCCACCACCCUUGUCAACUGGUAUAGGAGAAAGAGCUGAUCUCAAAGAGAGAAAGAGCUGAAUUCAGUUCCACUUAGCUAUGAGGUAUAACUAGCUGUUCAACUUUCAGUCUUAGAGAAGUAGUUAGAGCACUGAGACAUUAUGACAGAAAAAGUGCUGACCAACAUUGGUAAAGGGAUUUUAUUUAUGAAAUAAAUAACUAGCAUAAUAAUAACUAAUGAAAUAACAAGUUCUAUCUCUGCCCUUAUUCCAUGCUCCCUUGUGAUGCUAGACACAUUAUUGAUUUAUUGGCCUUAUUCUUAUAUAAUCCCAUGGUACUUAAUCUACCUUGACACAUUUGGAUUUAUCUUGUUGAUUACUCUCUUUUUUGGAGCUGAGGUAUUGAGAGAUGGCAAGUUAAUUAUGAAACCCAGAAGUUCUGCUGUUAGAUUGAGUUUGAAUAGGAGGAAAAAGAUAUAGUUUAGGUGGGAAGGGAAAUAUCUCUAGUCAGCUUGUGAGUGACAGAAAGUCGAUCAUCUAAGGAAGAAAGGAGGGAAGAGAAGGAACCAACAUUUAUUAAAUGAUUAUUAUGUGCCAGACACUAAGCUUGAUGUUUUACAAUGGCUAUCUCAUUUUAUCCUCACAACAACUGUAGGAAGUAGGUGUUAUUAUUAUAUCCAUUUACAUUUGAAUUGGAGGGAAACAAAAAUUUAGUAACUUAUUUGAAGUCACAAAGCUAGUAAGUGACUGAAGCUAGAUUUUAAUUCAGGUCUUUCUCUCAUACCCUAUCUAUUAUACCAUGGCCUCAUGGAAUAAGCUCUUGAUACCAGAGCCAUAAUAUUUCAUCAGAAAAUGAUAGAUAAAAUAAUUCUUAAAGAAUCUCAGAAGUUAGUUCCCAAAGAAAUUUUCAUGACACUGAUGUGUUCUGCUGGCCUCUCAACUUUGUUGUGGUAUUAAUUUCCCGGUAGAACUUCAGGCAAAUCCCUGCCUUCUGUUUAAGUUUUUCCAAUUUAAAAGCACUAGAAAUAUCAAAGAAAAUCAAAGUGUUAGACUUCUAGCCUCUAAACAUCCUUUAAAUAUUUAAAAAUUGGCUUAUAGGAUGGACAUAUAGUUAUUUUGCAGCACAAUAUAAUGGGCAAUUUUCCAUGUCAAGACAAUUGCUUUAAAAAAUCCAUUAAUAUCAUUAACAAAAAGUUUUGCUGCAAGGCCACAUAUACUUGGGUCAUUGGAUUAUUUAUGUAGCAAGUAUACAAAGUUUGUAGAAAGAAGUUACAGAUUUGCUAACAGUAAAAUUCACCCUUGGCUUGUGUUUUACUAAGUCAAAAUUUUCAGAAUUCACAGAAAUACAAAUGGAUCAAAUUAUUAUUAAGGUCUCUUCCAAUUCUUACUUUUCCUAUAUGUUUAUAAAAGGAAAUAAAGAAGAAGAUGUUGGAUUUAGAGGCAGAGCAAAGAAACAAAUAUUAAGUGCUUACUGUAUGCCAGACGUUGUGCUAAAUAUUUUAUUGAUACUAUCUUAUUUGAUUAUCGCAACUACCCUGAGGGGCAAAUGCUAUUAUUAUUCCUAUUUUACAGCUGAGGACAUUGAAGCAGACAUUGAGAUUAAAUGAUUUACCCAAGGACACAUAAUUAAUAGACAUCUGAGGCCAUUUUUGAAUUCAGUUCUACUUAAUUCCAGUUUCAGGACUCUCGCCACUGCACCACCUAGCUGUAGAGAACCUGUAUCAAGUCCUAGCUCUAUCUCUCACUAUCUGGGUGAAGUUAGGCAAAUCAUUGGUUGUUAAGUUUCUUCAUCUUUUAAAAUCAAAGUAUUAUCUACUGGUCAUCCUGCCAUCUGGGG